AUGACUGUUGAUGAUAUUGAACUUAAAGAGGGUGAUUUUUAUAAUUCUCAUGAUGCUUUUGUUGAAGCAGUUAAAGCAUAUGCAAGCAAAAAAGGGUUUCAAAUUCGUUUAGGCAAGGUAGAAAAAAAUAUAGCUGGAAAUAUUCGUAAAAGAACUCUAUUAUGUAGUCGUGAAGGUGAUCCUGAGAAAACAUCUACUGGUUCCAAUAUUAGAAAUCGAUUAUCACAACGAUGCAACUGUCAAUUUUUAGUUCGUGCAUCUUUUAACUCUAAAAAUAACCUUUGGUAUAUUAUUGCAACAUAUUUAGAACAUAAUCAUGCAAUGGUAGCAGUAAAUCAUCAACAUUUUAUAUCUAGUGAAAGAGAAAUUCCAUCUGAAAUACAAGAAAAAAUUUUAUUACUUCGUCGUGCUGGAUGUAAUGUUGCUACAAUUCAUGCAAUUUUAAAAGAAGAAUUUGGCAGUAUUGUUACAUGGGUUUAUAAUGAUCUAUAUAAUUUUAUAUAUCAACAUGAAGGAUCAAAUGAAAAACGAAAUUUAGAUGCAAAUAAUUUUGUAAAAUUAUUAGAAGAGUUAAACGUAUGUUUUGCAGGUGCUCUUAUGCAUAAUGAAAGUACAGAUAGUUUUAAUUGGAUAUUUAGUAAUUUUCUAAAAUUAGUUAACAAUAAUGCACCAAAAGUAUUUCUUACUGACGAAGAUCAGGCAAUGAUUAAAGCUAUAAAUCAGGUUUUUCAACCAUUCGGAACAAAACAUGCAUUAUGUUUAUGGCAUCUUUUUAAAAAUAUAAUUAAAAAUCUUCAUAGUAAAUUAGGAUCUAAAUGGGCAAGAUUUAUUCAACAAUUUUAUAAAUGUUUUGAUGAAUAUGAUGAAGAUAACUUUAAAAUUCAAUGGGAAAAAUUAAAAAGCGAUUUUCCAGAAUCAGUAAAUUAUCUUAGUAAAAUGGAUAAAAAUAUACAACAAUGGGCUCCUUGUUUUAAUCGUAAAUUUUUUAUGGCAGAUAUGACAACAACACAAAGGGGUGAAUCGAUGAAUAACCUUAUGAAAGGAUAUAUGGAUGCAACAACAUCAUUAACAGCAUUUUUAAAAGCUUUUGAAAAUGCACUUGAACAUAACAAAGAAAAUGUUGAAUUUAUUAAAUAUCAAGAAAAUAAUUUUAAUAAUUACAUAAUUACGAAAAGUUUAUUUGAGAAACAGGCUAGUAAAUUAUUAACAAAUUAUGCAUUAAAAAAAACACGAAUACAAUUACUUGAGUCUAUGGCAUAUAAAUGUGAAGAAACGAUUAGAUUUGAAAAUGAAAUUACAUUUUGUUUAAGUCGUUUUCAAAAGCAAUCACAUUCACCUGGUCGUAUAACAACAUAUAAUUUUAUAAAUCAACAAUUUACUUGUUCGUGCAACUAUACAAUAUUUUCUGGCAUUAUUUGUCGGCAUAUAUUUAAAGUUGCUUCACAAAUAAAUUUAGAAGAACUUCCGAAUUAUUUAUUUCUUCAAAGAUGGCGUAAAGAUCCUAAUGAACAUAACCUUAUAAUAUUAUAUAAGUCUUUUUACAAUAUGUCAUCUAAUUCAAUUCAGCCAACUACUAUUUUAAAUAAUUCAAUAGAAUACGAUAAAAAUCCAAAACCGGCCAAAAAACUUACUACUAAAAAUAAAGAAAAUUUGCAAUUAGAAACUUCAUCUUCUGUAAAAUCUCAUGAUUUAAUGGAUAAUUCUAAUAUUAAAUCCAAUGAAGAACAAAUUACAAGUUAA